GAAAAGACUCCAAAAACAAAAACAAAAAAAGCUACUCCCACCUACUUAUCUUAUCCUACUCCCAGCAACAAUCCUUAACCAUGCCCGUCAACCGUGCUGUCAUGAAGAAGUGGUUCCCCGUUGAAGUCAUGCCCAUCUUCGGCAUUGUCGGUAUCGCUUGUGUUGGUGCCACUGCCUAUCUCUGGAAGCUCUCUCAGGGCCCUGAGGUCGUCUGGGACCGAUCUUCUGACUGGAGGCCCUGGGACAAGGUCAAGCACGACGAGAACCUCAAGUACAUCACUGUUAACCCCGAGUUCUGGGCUCAGCGAAGGGCUCAGGCCGCUGGUACCAAGACCGGCGAGCGAGCUGUUGAUGCUAUCUAAGUGUCUGGGAUUUGGAGAGAGUAUGUAGAUGUAGAUGUGUAGCUUUUUUUCUGUUGGAUUCGCAUGGCAUUUCUGUUUCUUCUA